AUGCAAAACCCGAUCAUUGUUGUUGGUGGUGGUUUGGCCGGCCUUUCUGCCGCCCACACCAUCGUCGAACGCGGCGGCAACGUCGUUUUGCUUGACAAGAACCCCUUCCUUGGAGGCAACUCCACCAAAGCCACGUCCGGCAUCAACGGUGCCGGCACCACCGCCCAGAUGAAGCUCGGCAUUCCCGACACUCCCGCCAUCUUCUACGACGAUUCUGCUCGUUCUGCCCGCGACCUGCUCAACCCGGCCCUCACCAAGGUUCUGACCUACAACUCGGCCUCGGCGGUCGAGUGGAUCUCGGAAAAGUUCAAGGUCGACAUGUCCCUGGUUUCCCGGCUCGGUGGCCAUUCCCAGCCCCGCACCCACCGCGGCAAGGAAAUGUUCCCUGGCAUGACCAUGACCUACGCCCUCAUGGAGACCUAUGAGGAUCUCUGCAAGAGCUCGCCCCACCGCGCCCAGCUUCUCAAGAAGGCCGAGGUCACCGAGCUGAUCUACGAGAACAACCGUGUCGUUGGCGUGCGCUACCAGAAGGACGGCGCUGUCCACGAAGCCCGUGGCCCCGUCAUCCUCGCUACUGGCGGCUAUGCUGCCGAUUUCACCAACACUUCGCUCCUGAGACAGUUCCGUCCGGAGCUGUGGGAUCUGCCCACUACCAACGGCGACCACUGCACUGGCGAUGGCAUCAAGAUGACCCUUGCCAUUGGCGGUGGCACCCUCCACAUGGACAAGGUCCAGGUCCAUCCCACGGGCCUUGUCGAUCCCAAGGAGCCCGAUGCUAAAGUCAAGUUCCUGGCCGCUGAGGCCCUCCGCGGUGUGGGCGGUCUCCUUCUCGAUGCCAACGGAAGCCGCUUCUGUGACGAGCUUGGCCACCGCGACUACGUCACCGGCAUGAUGAACAAGAACAAGGGCCCCUUCCGCCUCGUUCUCAACGGCAAGGGCGGCAAGGAGAUCGAGUGGCACUGCAAGCACUACAUGGGCCGUGGCCUCAUGAAGCACUUCAAGAACGGCGAGGCCCUCGCCAGGGAAAUCGGAAUCUCCAAGGCCCACCUGGACGAGACCUUCCGCAAGUACAACGAGAUUGCCAGAACCAAGAACUGUCCUUUUGGCAAGAAGUACUUCCACAACCUCCCCUUCGACAUCAACGACGAGUUCUUUGUUGCCGUCGUCUGCCCCGUCCUCCACUUCACCAUGGGUGGCAUCAAGAUCGACGAGCACAGCCAGGUCUUCCACGGUGCCUCGGGUCAGAUUAUUCCGGGUCUCUACGCCUGCGGUGAAGUCGCCGGUGGUGUGCACGGUGCCAACCGCCUUGGCGGCAGCUCUCUGUUGGGCUGUGUCGUUUACGGACGGGUUGCUGGUGCCAGCGCAAGCGCUUUCCACAUGGAGCAGCUCUCCUCCAGCGCUGCUGCCCGCCGUCUCGGCAACAUUGCCGGCCAUCUGAGCGGCACCCCUGUCUCCAUCUCCGUUGGCGGUGUCAACCUCCAGAUUUCGUUCGAUGGCCAGAGUGCCCCUGCCUCGGGCGCUGCUCCUGUUGCUGCUGCUCCAGCCGCCGCCGCCGCUCCCGCUGCCGCCCCUGCUCCUGCUCCUGCUGCCGCCGGCCAGCUCAAGGAGUAUACCCUCGAGGAGGUUGCCAAGCACAACACGGACAAGGACUGCUGGGUCGUCGUCAACGGCGAAGUCCUGAACGCCACCAGCUUCCUCUCUGACCAUCCUGGCGGCAAGAAAGCCAUCAUGCUGUACGCUGGACGCGAUGCCACCGAGGAGUUCAACAUGCUCCACAAGCCCGAUGUCGUGGCCAAGUAUGCGCCCGAGAUCAUCAUUGGCAAAUUGAAGAAGUAA